AUGGCUCACAGGGCCGUUCUUCGUGGUACGGGCUUUUACGAAGUGUUGUCCCAGAAGUGGACCGGCUUGAGCAUUGGCGCUCUUCCGAGUAUGUGCUACCGACUGUACGAUGACCGUUACUUGAUGCAAUGCAUCACUGAAGAGGCAGGCUACCAUGACCUACAGCGCUUUCGUGAGUACUUAUUGGGCUGUGAGCUCAACAUUGGCCUCAUCAUCGGCCGAUCGGGAUCCGGAACGGCAACCUUGGGAGCUGCUGCAGCUCUGGCGAUGCAAGUCCAGCUGGGGCAGAUUCUGUGCUCUGGCCCUUCCCAUGAGGCGAUCGAUAUCUUUGCCGACCGCCUGGAUCGAAGAGCAAGAGCCGUCGCCGCACGGUACAACACCGUAAUGCCUGCGGGCGAUCCUAAGCGAUGCCACCAUCGAAUGGUGGUCCGAAUGUACAAGCAUGGGGAAGAACUCAACGCUGUUACCAAGCUAGUGAAGAACUCUGAGGAUCUUGAGUGGACCGCCCGCGGGGGCGAGUUCGCUGAGCAAAGCCAUUGGAAGCUACCUCUGUCCUUGACAUACUGGUUCUUGGUAGUCAUGCGCUCAAGCGCCGUACCACCGCUCGACCAAGACUCGAAACCAGGCCUGGUAAAACUCCAGGCCGAGAUCGACACGCGCCCCGAUCUGUUGCAUCUACGUCAGUGGGUGACUGGGCAGAUGGAUUCUGUGAAAUAUGCCGCCACCGCCAACCCUAUUAGAAACAUCAAGGAUGUGUUGUUUCAAGUAAUGUGCCAGGCGGAUUUUCUUUGCGUCCAUCCUGCUGACACAGAAAUGUCGCCGAUUCCUCAAUGGAAGAGUACCAUUGCUCGAGGUCUUGUUAUUAGCGAAGCCGGUAGCAUGAGCCGAGCGGACUUCUACGGUCUCUGGGGAAACUCCCUCCUUCCUUGUUUUCUUUUUGGUGAUCCUGAUCAAAGGCCUGUCGUUCUUACAACUGAGGAGGCUGACGGCGACGGCAAUUUGUACAACCGAUUUGCGGCAGAUGGCGCAGUUUCGCCGCUGAAAUAUCUCAUGGCAACAGGCAUCCCCGUGUUCCGCUUGGAUGUUUCUGCGCAGCCCUAA